AUGGAUAAUCUAACACUAUCUUCGGGCUGCUGUUCAUUGGAUGGUGAGAGUAAACAGUUUAAAAAAUGCAAUACUUGCGUUAAAGCGUUUCACUUGGAAUGCUUGGGAACCUGUCAAUCACGUGCAGGCGAUGCGACUGGGUGUUGGAUAUGCCCUACUUGUAUAAAUUCUAAUACGAAAACCAUCAACAAAGACAACACGCCUGUGCGUUUUAAUCCCAAUGUUACAAUACGAACACAAAAAAGACAGACAUCCAAUUCCCCACCGGAAGCAGUGGACUCGGAAGCUCCUAUUACCAGGAGUGAUCUAAGAGCUAUAGUGGAAGACAUCACGGAAAGAAAAUUUGAGACUCUUCUGGUGCAACUAACAAACACUCUUCGAUCUAUUAUGACCUCUGAACUAGGCACCAUGAGGAAUGAGAUAAAAGAUCUGAGAGAGUCCAUUACCUUUGUGAGUGAUCAGUACGAGGAAAUGAUCAAGGAAAACAAGAAAACAAGUGAAACCGUCCGAGAAUUGCGGUCGGAAAACGAACUGAUGAAAUCUACCAUCAAAGACUUAUCAUUCAGGCUAAAUAACUUUGAAUAA